AUUAUUAUUAUUAUUAUUAUUAUUAUUAUUAUUAUCAACAUUGAAAAACUGUCGAGAGAAUGCUUUCAUUGGUAAUGUGUCAGGUCCUCUUGAGGGUUUAUUUUGGGCGGUCUCUCGGCGCUGACUUAUCUCACCAACAGGGGCUUCUGUGUUAACUGAGGCUGAAUAAACACAGAUGAACUGUCGAGCACAUUCACAAAAAUGUCCUGGCAAUGUCUGCCUGACUUCACAGGACUCUUGGAAACCACAGGAGAAGCACGUCACCUCAAAAAUACACUGACAUGGAGAUUUAAACAAGCGAAGCAGACAUGUUCCUCCUAGAAGACUUGACUGCAGCUAACCGAGCGCUGAUUUGACACUUACAGCGUGCUUUGUGUAUUACCUCUCAACAACAUUUCUCUUCCUUUCAUUUUUUUUUUUUUUUAGUCAGGGUGGACAUCCGAAAUGAAGAAUCCACAUCUAAACGGUCAUUGCAAGAUCCUAAACACCGUGUCAGGAGACAAGAAAUUAAAACGGAAAGCACGAGAUCCAAUUAAGCGUGCCAGUGACGAUCAUUUACCUUACUUCAAAUUGUAUAAGAACUCGCAUCUAAUGGCCGAGACACUGGGAGAUAGUUGUCCAAAAGAGACGCACGGUUCGGAAAUCGUCGCGGCGAGUGGCGAAAACGAACUUUUAAAUACUGCCGUAGAUAUGAGGAUUAACACCGUGAUUUCUGGAGAGAUACCUGACUCGAAACUAAGAUCCAUCUCCGAGAAGACUGUCAAUAACAAAAUUGCUAAAACAAGCUCGCAAGUUUCGGGUUUGAGCAGUUCACAGGUUUUUCCUUUGGAGCGCGUUGUGUUGUCUCAGCGCGCAGCCUCUCAGGCGCCUGCAGCCAGCGGCAUAAGCGAGAGCGCGGAAUCACCUAGGAGACGCGCUGGAGAGCAGUCCGGCGUAGUCACGGAGAUCAAAGCCAUUCAGCAGACUCGAAGACUACUGGCGAACGCGCGCGAGAGGACGCGCGUGCACACCAUCAGUGCAGCCUUUGAGGCGCUCAGAAAGCAGGUACCCUGCUACUCUUAUGGGCAGAAGCUUUCAAAGCUGGCUAUAUUAAGAAUAGCUUGCAACUACAUACUGUCCCUUGCUCAGCUUGCCGACCUGGACUAUACGCCAGACCACCGCAACAUGAGCUUCAGAGAGUGUGUGGAGCAGUGCACUAGAACUCUACAGGCUGAGGGUCGGUCCAAGAAGAGGAAGGAAUAAAAUGAAGAAUGUCUUCUGUGAAUUUUGGGAAAGAAGGACCUCAUUAAAUUAACAUGAAGACACUUUCCCCAUGUGGGGGAGAAAAAAACCCUGUAAUGUAAUGAAAGUGUAAUGUGAGUUUUACGCUGCACUAUUGACUUUACUACAGAUAACAGUGUCAAAAACACAAUCUCCUAUAAACCUGUCUAGGUUCUAAAUAUGCUAUUGUACAACUUUUGCACAAACAUUUUUCAAACAGAUGAUGUGAAAUCAGUUUCACUUUCCAUUGUUGCAUAAUUGGUUGCAACAGUUACAGACUGUUUAUUAUUUUUAUUUUUUCAGUUUGUUUUGCAGUGUUCCUAUACAGUAUAAAAAAUCCCACAUACACUUAAAAUAAAGGUUCCCAAAGGUUUUUCUUUUCUUUUCUUUUCUUUUCUUUUCUUU